AUGGCCGACAGCAACGGCAAUGGCAACAACAGCAACCACAACUCGGGCGUCGUCAGCCCCGUGUCCUCUGCCUUUGGCAUGCACAAGGGUGGCAGCCCUCGAACCAGCACCAGCGCACGUCACAGCAUGGUCAUCCCCAGCACCGACAAGCUGAGCCUCGAUCAAUUGACCCUCGACAAGAGACACCAGGACCUCCGCGACGAGGUCCGCGCUCAAUCACCCUCUCGCACUGCUGUCCACUCCGAGGCCACCCGCCGCAUCCUCGCCGGUCUCGAUGGCGGCUCCGAAUUCAGCAAAACGUCGGGCUCGGGUCGCUCCAGCAUGGAUAGCGUCCGCAGCACCUCCAGCGCCGACUGGCCGACCCAUCCCUGGGAACUCAACACCAUCGGCCAACUCGCCGCUCUUCCUGUUGGCACAGAGGUCAACUUCAGAGCCCGAAUUCACACCCAGCGCCAACUCUCAAAGGCCCUCGACUUUCUCCUGCUCCGUGAUCAGACACAGUCCGUCCAGGGUCUGCUCACUCGCGACAACAUGGACAUGGUUGGCUGGGUGCAAAAGCUUCACCCAGAGUCCCUCAUACAGGUCCACGGCACCCUCAAGGCACCUCCCGAGCCCGUUCGCUCUGCCACCAUCCAAAACGUCGAGGUUGAGAUACAAGCUCUGUUCCUCGUUACCGCCGCCCAGAACGCGCCCUUCAGCAACUAUAAGCCCCCCGAGUCUCUGCGCAACCGCAUGUCAGCUCGUAUCCUCGACUUGAGACAUCCCGCCAACCACGCCCUCUUCCGCAUCCGCUCCAUGGUCACCUCCAAGUUCAGAGAAACACUUGAAAGUCAAGGGUUUGUUGAGAUCAACACCCCCAAGCUGCAACCCGCCGCCACCGAAAGCGGUGCCGCAGUCUUCAAGGUCAAUUACUUUGGUCGCAACGCCUUCUUGGCGCAAAGUCCUCAGCUGGCCAAGCAAAUGGCCGUCUCCGGUGACUUUGGCCGUGUCUUCGAAGUCGGCCCAGUCUUUCGCGCUGAAAAUUCCAACACCCAUCGCCACUUGACGGAAUACACAGGCCUUGACAUUGAAAUGGCCAUUGAGCACGAUUACCACGAAGUCAUCGACGUCCUCGACGAGUUUCUCAAGUCCGUCUUCAAAGCUGUAUACUCCAUGCCCGAAGUCGCAGUCGUGCAAAAGCGCUGGCCGAGCAAGGAAUUCAAGUAUCUCGACGAGACCCUGGUUCUAGACUUCCGCGAGGGUAUCAAGAUGCUCCGCGACGACGGCCGCCAGGUCGAGGAAGAGGAUCUAUCCACUCCCGACGAGAUGCGUCUCGGCGAGCUUGUCCGUGAGAAAUUCGGCACCGACUACUACAUUCUCGACAAGUUCCCUGCCAAUGCACGCCCAUUCUAUACCCACAAGGACCCCGACGACCCGUUCUGGACCAACUCGUUUGACAUUUUCAUCCGUGGCCAAGAAAUCUGCUCUGGCGGCCAGCGUAUUCAUGACGCUCAGGAACUUCGAACCAACUUGGCUGCUGCUGGCAUUACUGAGGACGGCAUGGAAGACUACCUCACUGCUUUCGACCUAGGUGCACCGCCUCACGCCGGCGCUGGCCUCGGCUUGGAGAGAAUCGUUGCUUGGAUGCUUGAGCUUGGUGAUGUUCGGUACGCAUCCUUGUUCCACCGUGAUCCCAAGUCCCUCCCUGAGCGCAAGCAGACCUCCCUACCACACCCAGAUGCCGAUACCACCAAGACGCUUGAGGCGCCCCCAUCCGUCGAGAAGCUCAUUGCCAACUACGGUGAUGCUUCCAACACGUCAUGGCUUGACGAGCGAUUUAUCAUUUGGAGACACAGCACCGGUGCAGCCAUUGGUUAUGUAAGACAGGGCAAGUUCGCCAUGGUCACUGGCGACCCUCUUUGCGACGCAUCACAGUACAAGACCAUUACCGCUGCUUUCAUCAAGUACGUCACAACUGAGCUCCACCUCGUUCCCAUCUGGAUGCUCGUAUCAUACGAGGUACAGAAGAUUCUCGGUCGCGAAAUGGGCUGGCGCACUCUCUCUUGCACCGAGGAGCAGCGUGUCAACGCCGACAAGAUCGCCGCCGCCAACGACGGUCCCAAGGCUCGCCGCGUCGAGCGCGAAGGUGUCAAGGUCCAUGAGGUCAAGGCCGACGAUGACUUCAUUCGCCGUGCAGAUCCCGCCAUUGAGGCCUGGAAGGCCAACCGCAAGGGCAAGCAGGUUCACCUCACUGAGGUCCGCCCAUGGGUGGACAAGGAGCAUCGCCGCUACUUCGCUGCCGAGAAGGACGGCAAGGUCCAGGCCAUGGUUGUCCUCGCCAAGUUGUCGCCCAAGCACGGCUGGCAGGUCAAGUGGGCGCUCGACUUCCCCGGUGCCGUCAACGGAGCCAUCGAGGUUCUCAUCAGCCUCUCCCUUUCCAGCGUCUCGGGCCAGGUCACAUUUGGUGCCGGUGUCUCCCAGAAGCUCACUGCUGGCGAGCACCUCCACGGCAUCCGCGCCCGCUUCCUCGCCACCACCUACAGCUCCAUCGUCGAGAGCCUCGGCCUCCGCCGCAAGGCCACCUUUCGCAACAAGUUUGGCGCCCUCGGCGAGUCCGUCUACAUUUGCUACCCUAAGCAUGGUGUCGGCCUGCGCGACCUGCGUGAGAUUAUCAAGUUCUUCCAAGAUUAA